CUACUUUUCAAGAGAAUGACCCCCUCCCGUCUCUCCUCUUACGUCUCUCCAUUUCUCUGUCUCUGGCCCUCUUCAAUUUUUGGGUAAAAAGCAAUGAAUUGAAACGUGUUCCAGGCUUCCAGCUUCAACUUCAGCUUCACUCCUCCAACCCCAUAAAAACCAAAGCCAAACCCAAGAGAAAAAUAGCUGAAGAAAGAAGAAGGAUUUCUUCAUUCAUUGAAUUCCCAGAAAACCAGAGAUGAAACAGUUACACAAGCAAUCAAGCGUGAACCAUAGGCGAGAUGAGGAGAUCCCAUCAAACCAAACACCUCCUUACUCACCGAAAUCCUUAAAACAACCCAGAUCUCUCCCUAGAUCCAUUAACUAUCUCUUCAAAGAACAACGACUUCUUUUUAUCCUCGUCGGCAUUUUAAUUGGCUCCACUUUUUUCAUCCUCCAGCCCACUCUCUCCCGUUUAGGCCCAACCGAGGUCCGUUCCUCAAUCCCCAGAUCUUUUUCCACCGACACCAACACCACCACCACGACUGCCACCAUUUCCCACACCCAGGACGCCUCCGGUUCCUAUUCCGCCGAUUCCAACAAGCCCUUUCAUGGCAAGGUAGGGCGUGUCCCUGUUGGGAUCGGACGGCGGAGAAUGAGGAUCGUGGUCACGGGCGGGGCUGGGUUCGUUGGGAGUCAUCUUGUCGAUAAGCUAAUUGGAAGAGGCGAUGAAGUGAUUGUUAUUGAUAAUUUCUUCACUGGGAGGAAAGAGAAUGUGGUUCAUCUUUUUGGUAAUCCGAGGUUCGAACUCAUUCGACACGACGUCGUUGAGCCUAUUCUCUUAGAAGUGGAUCAGAUCUAUCACUUAGCUUGCCCUGCUUCUCCGGUUCAUUAUAAAUAUAAUCCCGUUAAAACCAUCAAGACAAAUGUGAUGGGUACUCUUAAUAUGUUGGGGCUUGCAAAGAGAGUGGGGGCGAGGUUUUUGCUGACAAGCACGAGUGAGGUUUAUGGUGAUCCGCUUCAGCAUCCUCAGAAAGAGACCUACUGGGGAAAUGUCAAUCCAAUUGGCGAGAGGAGUUGCUAUGAUGAAGGAAAAAGGACGGCUGAAACCUUAACUAUGGAUUAUCAUCGAGGUGCAGGUGUUGAGGUUCGAAUUGCUCGCAUUUUCAAUACUUAUGGGCCUCGUAUGUGCUUGGAUGAUGGACGUGUUGUUAGCAAUUUUGUUGCUCAGGCCAUCCGUAAGCAACCAAUGACUGUUUAUGGUGAUGGGAAACAAACACGAAGCUUCCAAUAUGUUUCAGAUUUGGUGGAUGGACUUGUUGCUUUAAUGGAAGGUGAGCAUGUAGGGCCUUUCAAUCUGGGCAACCCAGGAGAGUUCACUAUGCUUGAAUUGGCGGAGGUUGUCAAAGAAACGAUUGAUCCAAGUGCAACGAUAGAAUAUAAACCAAAUACUGCAGAUGAUCCACAUAUGAGGAAACCUGACAUCAGCAAAGCCAAGGAGUUGCUCAACUGGGAGCCAAAAAUCUCCCUAAGAGAGGGGUUGCCUCUUAUGGUCAGUGAUUUCCGGAAUCGCAUUUUGAACGAAGAUGAAGGAAAGGGAGCUUAGAUGAACAAGGAAACAAAAUAUAGCGAAACAAAGUAUGUAUAGUGUGAAGAGUAUCUGUAUGUUGUCAAGGCAUUUUCUUAUUAUCAUCCUUACUCUGCAUUACCAGGAAAUUUAGCAGUUCAACCCCCUUUAUCGGAGGAUCUGUUGUUCCUUCUAUAAUAAUCAGUUCUAAUUGUUCACAUCUGCACUGUGCAUUUGUUUGCACAGAGUCAAGUUUUGGCUGCUUUUUAAAGUUCCCUUGCCCUCAAUGGACACAUCAGGGUGGAUACUAGUAUCAUCUUUUGGGAGCUAUCAUUAAGGUGAAUAGGAGCAAUUCGCUUAGAUCAUGUAGGUGGUUGUCUUUUUAGUCCUGGCCCUUGGGGGCUUUACUGGUUCAGGAGAAGUUGAAUGUUUAUCUUGGUGGGCAUGACUUGAUUGUUUAAAGGCGUUUAUGCCUUUCAAAGGCUUCACGUGGGCUUUGAUUGGAUUUAGCGCAUUUGUAAGUUAUUCUUUCUUCUAAGCUCUGGCAAUAAAAUUUGCUUUAUUUUUCCA